GACCACUGGGAUUCUCACACUACCGACACAACAAUGCGAAAUGCCCCCCUAGUAUCGCAUUUGGACCACAACACUACAGCCAUGGACCGCCAUGCUUCCAAAUUGAAUGCUCACGCGUCUUUCAAACACGAGGAUGAGAAUGAGGAUAGCCUCUCUCUUCUGUCGCUCGACGUCAAUGAGUAUGAAAUGACUUUCAUGUUCUCACCCACCAUGUCCCCUCUCCAGCAGAUUUCCGACCAACAAAAUACAGUUCAACGCGUUCCCAAUAUCGAUGUCGACGGCGAAAGCAGGGUCCUAUCGAACGCGCGCCGUCAAGAGAACGCACCGCAAAACAAGACUACACUCAUCAAUAGCGAGACCCCCAAAAAGGAACAGAUCCUCUCAAGCGCCCAGUCAAUGAAAUCACAGGGGAGGCGGUCAGCCUAUACUUACCCGACAGCCGCGGAAGUUGAGGAACGUGUCCGUCGGCAACGCGAGAUUGCCACUUGGACACCCCCAAGACAUCUGAUGCAGAGGUCUAUCAACGAGAAUGCCUACAGAGCUAUAUCGUGCGUGGGUUCAGCCCUCGGCACCGGCAUAAGUCGGGCUGCCGUAGGCUCUGCAGCUGGUGCAAGUGCUUUAUUUCAUCAUGCUCGCCGGCAGAUUUCGCCGACACAACACCAGAACCCUUUUCAGCCCGCACACACGAAACACGUGAGGACUCUCGACGGCGAAGACGGCUGGGUCGAGGUCUCGGGCACUUAGGAAGAUGCUCAGAGUGUGACUCCCUCACAUCGUAUGGCUGAGGAUUCUCUCCUAUCGGAGUACCCCGACGACCCUUUGGUUGAGUGGCUUGAUUUCAUCCAGAUGCUGACUGUGCGUCUUUUUGACAUUUGAAAGGCCAGCGUCCUGACGCCAGUCCCGGAAGGAAUAUCGUACGAGCUGAUGGCCUCUAUGGUGGAUCAGGGUCCUUGUUGAGCAGCAACACUCGGUGGAAUGGGGUGCAAAGCUGGGAGAUGACGAUUGCCUGCCAGAUCUUUGAGUCUUUUUGUCGCAUGGAAUUCCUUGUUAGCCAAGACCUUUAGGUCUGUCCUGUGGAAUCUCUCUCGGAUGCUUGAAAGACGUGUUGAGGCUCCCGUGACAAUAAUGGACAUAACUCUCACUGCAAUGUCAUUUUUUGAUGUAUUUGUUUGGCCAUGCGUGACCUAGGGCAAGCUAAGCAUCUCCCAGUAAACGUAGCUAUGAGAAUAUUCGAUACAUAUUUCUUC